CUUGCUCCAUUGUUUCUUGUGCGUAAUUCCCAAAAAUACAGAAAAGCCAAACAGUUUCAUAAAAGUUUUUCCAACAAAUGUCCAAAUUUUAACCUUAAUCGCGUAUGACUUGACAUUUGGUUUUUGACAUUGCCAUUUAUUGACAGCGGGCCAAAUUGCCCCUAUUGUAUUUCAGAAUGUGUCAGGCCGGCAUCCCAGAGCCCUCAUUUGAGAGGUAAAACUACAAAACUCACCACUGUUCCAGAAUCUACGAGUUACCGCUAACCCCUAAAUAUCUCCUAUCCUGCACAGCUUCUAUCGGAGGAUCCGAAGUUUUGCCUUUUGCAUAUGUUCUUCUUAAGUCUCGUGAUAAAUCGUAAGGCCUGGCAACACCUAUUUUACGAUUUAUCCAAACGGGUACUUUCUAAUCCCCACUCUUGCACUGAUUUUAAAAUACCAAAAUAACAAACGGUUUUUUGCACUUUUAAAACCCUAGAGUUUUGUAUGAUGUUUAGUGUUGGUUCUAUCGAUCAAACUACAUUAAAUAUGCCUGACAAGAAAAUUUUGAAAACUUUGGAUCAGCUAAAGCACAGAGAAUUAACAUUAAGACUACGAGAAGAAAUUCUUAAUCAACGAGAGCAAAAGCUGGCAGAACUUGAAAUGAAAAUUACAUUGAGGGCAAAAAUGAUGGAAGAAAUGUAUCAUCAAGCUGAGAUUUACCUGAAGCAUUGCCACCAGUAUUACAAAAAGCAGCAGCAAGUAAUGAAUAGGAAAACAAAACCUAAGCCAUCAUAUGAAGACUUGGACGCAACAUAUGUGAGCUGUGGUGAUUCAGUAGUGCAAGAAACUGCUACCACCAGUAAGAAACUGGAUGUGGGUAGUAUUAUGAAGCCACAGAACUUCACCAGGACACUUUCAGAAAGGAGGAUCAGGUUCAAAGGCCACAGUCCACUGAAAGAACUAGACUUUAAUAGAAAAAAAUUGGCACCAACUGGAAAGCUUCCUCGUAAAUCGCCUAAUAAGGUGUCAAAAGCUUUAGGUAGCGGUACAAGUGAAGGAUGGGUGACAUGUUCGGAAGAGGGAAUUGAAUAUGUUGGGGAUGGUAGCAGACAAAAGGGAGAUGAAACAAUGGGAAGCAAAGCGAGCAAUACGCGACGAUCGAUCAUCUGGACACAGGAAGGCACACGGAGAGCCUUCCAACUACUUAAGAUCAUGAACAACAUGCAAAAGGAAAAUGUUCAACCCCGAUCAAGGUCAACCAGUCUCAAACAUACUCAGUUGUGACUGAGAAGGUCUUAAAAUUUUAAAUAUUUUAGAUACCACAGAAAAAGAAUCUGGGUGUGUAUGUUGUGAGGAGUUUUACUAUAAAGUAAUAUACGCAGGAAACCAAAUUUGUCUGCCGGCUUGAGUUCAAUGUGUACGAGAGAGAGAGAAGUGCAUAGACACAAACAUAUGUUAGAAAGAGAUACAAAACGGCUGGAUAGAGUUGCCUACCAAUCAAUCAAUCUGCCGCGUUCCCAAUAUGUUAUACCAGUUCCUUGAAUUAAGAUGCAUCUUGAAAAUAUGCGUUAGUUUAUUCUCUACGACCAAAUAAUGGUUUUAUUUUGAGCGUACACAUUUUUGAAUCGUGUCCGGAUCGGUAGUAACGGCGCUUCAUUUUGGGUUGAAAUGAAAGGCAAGAUCGCUACAAAUUUUGCUUCGCUUGGCAAUACCGCAUCUCGUACAUUUUGAAGCAAGAUUUCGAAAGGUUUCCCCUGCGUACACGCAGGGAUGAGAAAAUUUGUAUUAAUGGUAUUUUUUAUAUUGUAUCACCAUCAGUGGAAAUGAAAGAUAAAAUAAUUAAAACACUAAGUCGCAUCAAAAUUGAAAUAAAUAACUAAUCAAAAUAAAAACGAAAUAUUAAAUUAAUCGUUCGAAUCUCUUUGGGUUCGACAGCAACCUAACCUAUUAAUGAGCCUGGGCGAACAUUUUCUGGUGUAAUAUAUUGGCAACGCGGCAGAUUGCACGACCUUCCGCGUCACCGUUGCUAGGCAAUGUGGGGAUGACAUUCGCUCUUCAGCAGGCUUCUAUCUCUUUCUAACAUGUGUUGAUACACACUUCUCGCGCUUCUCUCUCGUACACAUUGAACUCAAGCCGUGAGAAAAAUUUGGUUUUCGCUGUGUAUAUGAAAGCAAUGCAUUUUAUAAGAUAUAUAGCUUUACAUAAAAUGAUGUGUUUAAUAAGGUUACUGCUGAUUCAAGAAUAUAAUAAUAAAAGUGAUAUUUUUAUAUUUACAUUUUUAUGCAUACAUUUUGUUGUUUUAGUGUGCAAUAUUGAUUAUACAAUGAUGAAUUUAUUUAGUUGAUAGUUCCUAUCCUAUAUGUUUCCACUAGAAAUAAGGUUGUGUGCCAUUGUAAAAUAAAAAUAUACAAAUAAUACCGUUUCAGGUAUUACUUGUAUAUUUUUAUGGUUAACAGUAUUAUUUUUUACGCAUAAGCAAAUAUUUUUAUAAAAUCUUAUUUUAUAUAUCUAUACCUCAAAGCCAGACUACUUUUUACCUCAAAAGAGUUUUAAACGACAUGUUGAGUCCAUGAUAAUAUUUUGAAUAUUCAUUUUGUGUGGCUCAACAUGAAUUUAUUAAGUCCCUUAUUAUUACAGGUAGGCGGAUGCUGCAAGUAGCAAAUGAAAAUGCAUAAUAUCAUCAUGAACCUGACAUAUAAAACUCAUUUACACCCUAUUUCACUAGUAGCAAGUGACAUUUUGGUGUUAGUCUGCGACAUUGGCAAUAAUGAAUCGGGUGUAAAUCUAGUAAAACUUGUUUGUAGCGUUUUGUUUUUUGUAUUCAAAUGAACUUUUCUAAAUGAAAGAGCUGUUAGCAAGCACAAAAUGAAUAUGUAGCGCACAAAAAAUACGGUUCUGUCCACAGAUCUGACUUUGACGGGUCCCUCAGAAUUUUGUGUCCUAUGCCGAUAUGGGGAAUUUUGAAAUAUUACUAGAUAAUCAGCUGUCAUUCUGCCGUUAUUUGAUACUCGCGAAAAAGACUAUACAAAUAUAUUCAAUACGUUUUGUGCGUUAUGACGUCCACUUGACGUCUAUACCCUAUUUCAGUAUUUCACGAGUAUCCAACACGCUUUGAAGCCCAUUGAGGUGAACAGCUUAUCCGCAAGUGACAUUUUUGUGUCUCCGCAAGUGACAUUUUUGUGUCUCCGCAAGUGACAUUUUUGUGUCUGCAACGUUUGCAAUAAUGACGGGUAUAAAUCUAGUAAAACUUGUUUGUGGCGUUUUGUUUUUUGUAUGCGAACAAAAUACAGCUUUGACUACCUAUAAUAUUACUAGAUAAUCAGCUGUCAUUAUACCGUGAUGGAUACUCUCGUGAAAUAUGGUAUAUAGGUCUUGAUAGUCUGGCUAUGAGAUGCAGAGUGUGAGGUUAUCGUGUAUACGCAUAUUAUUAAAUAAAAGCUACUCUUUACA